GCAGGCUCCCGUGGUCGGAGCGUUUCCGGCCGCAGCGUGUGGCUGCUGCGGUGUAAACAGGCCGGCUCGGAUUCCGCUCAGAGCCGCGGCAGGGGUUCAGGUUUGCAGUGUGAUCACGGGUAAUUUCAUGCUUCCAAAAUGGGACAUAAAGUGGUCGUAUUCGACAUUUCCGUUGUCAGAGCCUUGUGGGAAACUCGUGUCAAGAAGCACAAAGCCUGGCAGAAGAAGGAGGCAGAAAGGCUUGAGAAAAGCGCUCUGGAAAAGAUAAAGGAGGAGUGGAACUUCGUGGCCGAGUGCAGGAGGAAAGGCAUUCCCCAGGCCGAGUACUGCAAGAACGGCUUCGUAGACACCAGCGUGAGGCUGCUGGAACGGAUCGAAAGGCGCUCUCUAGCUGUGCAGAGCGCGCUUUCCAAGGAGAGAGACAAACGGAGCAGUGAGUUUGUGUUUGAACUUUCCGGCGAUCACUGGAAGGAGUUCCCUGAUUCUUUGAAGGAGCAGACGCAUCUGAAAGAAUGGCAUAUCAGCAAUACUCUGAUUCAAAUCAUUCCUAAGUAUAUCGAACUGUUUCAAGCCAUGAGGAUUCUGGAUCUGCCAAAAAACCAGAUCUCCCGUCUUCCAGUUGAAAUUGGUUGUUUGAAGAACCUCAAGGAACUCAACGUGAGUUUCAACCGUCUGAAGAGCAUUCCUCCGGAACUGGGAGACUGUGAAAAUCUAGAGAAACUGGAUUGUUCUGGAAAUCUAGAAUUAACUGAGCUCCCUUUUGAAUUAAGUAAUUUGAAGCAAGUUUCAUUCGUAGAUAUCUCAGCAAACAAGUUUGCCAGCGUCCCGAUCUGUGUCCUGCGGAUGUCUAAUUUGCAGUGGUUGGAUAUCAGCAACAAUAACCUGAGUGACCUGCCACAAGACAUAGACAGGCUAGAAGGACUGAAGACCUUUCUCCUGUACAAGAACAAGCUCACCUACCUUCCUUCUGCCUUGCUUAACCUAAAGAAGCUCACCUUGUUAGUCGUCAGUGGGGACCACUUGGUGGAGCUCCCAACAGCCCUCUGUGACUCCUCCACACCUUUAAAAUUUGUAAGUCUUAUGGACAAUCCUCUUGAGAAUACCCAGUGUCAAGAUGGCGAUGAAAUGGUGGAGAGUGAACGAGAUCGCCAACAUUUUGAUAAAGAAUUUAUGAAAGCCUAUAUUGAAGAUCUUAAAGAAAGAGAAUCUAUUCCCAGCUAUACCACCAAAGUAUCUUUCAGCCUUCAGCUUUGAUGCCAUCCAUCAGAAGACUACAGAAUUUUCCUGACCUGUGGAGCUGUAAAUCUUCCUGUUGUGGGUAGUCAUAGAGGAAUAAUAGCUUGGGCUUACAGGCAAAGUCUAGAAACCACUGUCAUAGUUGUUAGGAAAAAUGAUUUUCAAAUUUCAAAUAUGUGAAUAACUCUCUCUGUGGACUGGAGAAUCGAUAAAUGGGUUUAUAUAUUGAUAUUUAAAGGUUCAUUUGCAUUUACUUGUUUCCAAAUAAUACACAUUUAAGUUUUAAAAAAUGUGUUAUUUUAAAAAAUUAUCACUUAAAAGACCAAAUUUUGAAGUUGACUGCAUUGUUUUUGGAGAUCCAGGGAUAAAGGGGUGUUGAAAAGAGUAUUUAUAUUGAAUUAGUCAGAUGAGAGUUUAUUUUGUUAUUUUUAAAGAGUUUUAAUGCAUCAUUUCUUUUACUGAGGACUGUUUUCCUUGGGUUUAUAUACAUUGUUAUUUUCGUAUGUUUUAAGUUGUAUUUUACCAAGUUUAGGCUUUCAGGAAAGAGUUUAGGUAUAAUCUGGGCCUUGAAGGUAGAAAGACGGGCUGGACUGUCUGCCCAGGCACUGGGCUCAGAUGGUGCCCUGGUGGCUCUAGUGGAGGACGUGUGGGCCUGGCUGGUCAUGGGAAACCUGGUGGGGCCUCCAUGGAUGGUCAGCCUGCCACGAGUGGGCCUCCUGGGGUCCCAGGAUGCAUGCUGGAGCGCAGAGCAGAGGCAUUGCCUCCGGGGACCCGUCCUCCAAGAUGGUCAUAUAACGUAGCAGGAAGGACUAGUCCACAAUGAUGAGGAGUCAGUCCCCCGCAAGGCUUCCCUGCAGGUGCCUCAGGAAGACUUUGCUCACGGGUGAGCCACUGCAGUCCAGAGAGAGCAGAGGAAACUGAGUUUACAUGGGCAAAGAAGGAGUUCAUUAGAGGGCUUUGAACUUUGAUAUCACAUUAUAGGAUUUGGAGAAAUUAUACAAAUAUCUAUUUUUAUACUAUUAUCUUGAGCUAAAAUAAACAAGAUUGUGAAUAUGUUGAAGAUAAGUUUAAACAAGUAACUUUUGUGACUAAGAUGGAAAAAUUGCAUAUAUUCAUAUAUGUUUAUAUCGAUCCACCCCUCUGUGGUCUAGCUGAGCACUGUCCAGUAAAACUUGCUGCUGUGAAGGAAGGGCUCUGUAUCUGUGCUGUCUAACUUAGUAACUGACAGAUGUAUGUGCUUCUUGAGCUCUUGAAUUUAAUUACAUUUAAAUUUAAAUAGCCAAAGGUAACUACCAUACUGGACAGCACAAGUCAGGUCAGUUGGGUUUUUCAGAAGUUAAUCAGGACUAGAAGUGAGCAAUUUUUAUUUCUUUAUCUGAAAAACCAAAGGGGUUAAUACUGAUGCUCAAUAUUUUGUCUUCAUAGGUUUAAUCAUACUUCUAAAUAUUUUAUUCUCAACAGAUAUAGAGCAGGCAGAACAAUCUAAAGCCACCUAGUAAUGGUUCCAUAGAGCACUGCUUCAACUUAAAGGCAAACUCUGAGAGAUAGGUUAAGAGAUGAAAAGAGUAGGAGAGCCUCUUUUCUCAGUUAAGUGAGAAGUCACUUUAAUUGAACCUCAAACAGUUGUGUUUUUAUUUAUACACUUUACAAAUAUAAUGCAAAUUUAUCAGUUGUACUAUGUGAAUGAUUUUGGAAGUUUAUUUCAUGCCACAGUAUAUGUUACAUAACAGCCAAAUGGAAAAUGUGUCUCAAAAGGGGGGAAAUGAGGGCUUUCACAUAAAUUGACUGUCCAUAACUCAUGUAAAAUUUAUUUCAAUAAAACCAGUCUUUUGUGCAAAAAAACCCCUUAUAUCGAUGUUACAUAAAAAUAACUGAAAAAGUACUGAAUACAUUGAUAUGUAAUUAUUUCAUAUUAUAUAACAUCCCAUAAUGUUUAUUAUGUUUAAUAACAUAAUUAAAGAAAUAUAGCUUAAA